AUGACAAUCAACCUGGAGCCACUUGACAUGUUGACCAAUUGUUUCGCGGGCGGGUGUCAAGCCGGCAUCGCUAGUCCCAGCCCCGAGGCGCAGGCCGCCGCGACCAGACAGGCGUACCGGAAUGCAGGCAUCUCUAAUCUCAAUGACACAAGUUAUGUCGAGUGUCAUGGCACGGGCACCCGCGCGGGUGACCCGAUUGAAGUCAACAGUGUAGCCUCUGUCUUUUGUGCCACCCGCACGGCAGAGCGGCCCCUACUCAUCGGCUCGAUUAAAAGUAAUGUCGGUCACUCAGAGCCAGCUGCAGGACUCUCUGGGUUAAUAAAAACGAUAAUGAGCCUGGAAAAGCGCUGUAUCCCCGGCAACCCUACUUUCGAGACACCCAACCCGGCUAUUAACUUCGAGGCCCUCAAAACUCGUGCCUUUCAGCGAACGAUCCAAUGGCCGGAUGUGCCGUUUCGCCGCGCCAGUGUCAACUCCUAUGGAUACGGCGGGUCCAAUGUCCAUGUCAUCCUGGAUGAGGCUAAUGACGACGAUUUGUUUGCGGAUCAGGAGCAGGAAAUCUUCCAUCUGCUGGUAUUUUCGGCCAACGACGAGGCCUCGCUGAAAGCAACGGUACAGCGCCUGCAGAUGCACCUGGUCAGGCCGGAAGUACGAGUCUCAUUACCGGACCUCGCCUACACCUUGUCGGAACGGCGGACUCGUCACUUCCACCGCGCAUAUCUCGUCUCUAAUACCCCCACAGUCGAUCAGCAUGCCCUGAUCUACGGUAAGCUACGGUCCAACGUCCCAAAAGUAGGCUUUAUCUUCACCGGUCAGGGAUCUCAAUGGCCGCAGAUGGGGAAGGCCCUGGUCGACACGUUCCCGUCUUCCCAACAACUGCUGCGGCACUUGGACGCAGUGCUACAGGCACUUCCCCAUCCUCCCCAGUGGAGCUUGUAUGAUGAGUUGACAUGUCCCCGAUCAUCGGAUCAUGUGCGCCAACCAGAGCUCUCUCAACCACUGGUGACAGCCCUUCAAUUGCUGAUUAUUGAUCUUCUCAACACUUGGUGCGUCCAACCCGCCAGUGUGGUUGGUCACUCGUCCGACGAGAUUGCUGCUGCCGUCGCGGCUGGCUUGCUGGAACCUGAAGACGCAAUCGUGUUGUGGCCUGGGCUUUUGCAGCGAACGACGAGCCUGAAUCAGGGUACGCAUCUGCCCGUCGCUCAAGGUGGACAUCUGCGGCUUCCAGUGCAAACGCAUGAAGGUAUGCUGCCUUUCAGGGGACUCGGGGCUAGCGUCGAGUUUGUGGUACCACAAGCCCGUGACCUUAAGCAGUAGCCGUUUACUAGCCGGGUCAAAGACCUGUAUAUUUGAAUGGUAGUUGUGGGCUUCCUCGGGGCUGCCCACUCCAGAGAACUCAGCUGAGGCUGCUGCAACCGCAACUGGCACUGCCGCAACGUCCCGGGCGUUGAUGAGAAGAUCAUCUACCACGGCAGGCACCAGAGCACCGCCCACGGCGCUGCGGAUGCCCUGCCACAGCGAGGCAGCUCCGGACUGAAGGCAGCCAUCGAUCGCCACGGGGUGGAUUGAGUAAGGUGACUGAGGGUAAGAAGACGGGGGCUCUGAAAAGGAAACCAAGCCUCGGUUGGUUCGCUGACCGGCCACGGCCUCGACCUCCAGUUGUGACUACAACGAAGGGCCAAACGAGUACCCGACAUCCCGGAGGGCCUUGUACCAGGCUUGUGCGGGCAUGGGGUAUUCUAAUGGCUUAAUAGCCUCCCAAGGAGC